AUGGCACCAAACGAUACCAUUCUCGUGAAGGGGGAUGACGCAGCGGAGAAAGUCAAGCAACAAAUGUUGCUGUCCCUCCCGCCGGAGAUUCUGGGAAAAAUAUUUCUCUUGACAUCGCUUCAAACACGGACAAAGGUUCUUUCGAGCGUGUGCGAAUCUUUAAAUUAUUUCAUAUUUAAUCAUGACCUUUUGUGGUCGAAAUUGAAUUUAAACGCAAUUAAAAACAUCACCGAUACAACUAUUCCGUUGAUAUUUAAUAACAAUUUGCCUUACAACACUCGACUCUGCAUUAGAGAAUUAUACUUGAACGAUGUUUCUAUUACAAUUGAAAGUGUCCGGGUAGUUUUAAAGAACUGCCCAAAUUUGAGAAGCCUGCACUUGAGAACCGUGAAAGGUACCCUUGAGAUGAGUUCCCUAAAACAAUUGAUUGAAGAAUUGUUUUGUUCAGAAGAAGAAAAAUCGGAGCGAGUUUCACAGGAAGACGUAAAAAACAAAUCUGAUGAUUUAGACGAUACGCCAGAACCCACGGGGGAUGAAAUUGAGCAUGCUGAGGUCGUUAUAAAUCAAAAUGACGCAGUGAAAGUGACCGAUAAGCCUCUUGAAGUAUCUCGAGCUGAUCAUCCAUGUCAGCUUCAGACAAUUUAUUGGUACCUUGAUCAUGACGAGUGGGUUUGGUGGUCACCAGAAGAAAAACCGAAUCUUGAGAAUAUUUUAAGGAAAGUAACAAACAAUCCGAAAGCAUCAGUUCAAGUUCCAUGGUGCGAUUUUUGCAACAAGCAACAGGCCUGUAUCCAGGUUAAGUGCACCGGAAAGCACUUUCAUUACAAAUGUGAUGCAUGUAUUGCGGACGCUUUGUCACAACAACAGACGCUAGACGCAGAAGAGACACAAGAGCAAGCUAGUAAUGUACCCGAGGACAAUAUUGUUGAGAAUGUGAAUGUCGAAGAUAACGACAAUGUUAAUAGGAACGCAGCAGAUACUAAUAAUAAUGGAAAUGUAGCGGCGGUAAUACCGAAUACACAGAUAGUAAAUGCAAAUGACAAUGCACCUGAAGUUCGCAGUGAUAACGAUAAUGGACGGGCGGUUGCACCACAGGUCCUACAGGAUGGAGGAAUAAAUAGAAAUGAGGAAAUAGUACAGGCUGACGAGGACGGAUAUGUGGUCAUCACAGAAUUGCGCAAUAAUUCUACAGAAACUACACAUGUCAAUGACGAUGACAUUAACGAUUCAACGUCCGUAAACCAGCGACCGAUUGAAGAGGUUGAAGCUGAGAGUUCCACUCAAGCGAAUGAUAUUUCGAUGCCAGGUGAAAAUGCCGGUGGAGGGAUGGAGGGUAAUACUAAUACAGUUGAGAAUAGCGGAGGAACAUUUGAGGCCGAAAUAGCGCCAUACGAUAAUGAAAAUGGGGAGACUUCAAUACCGGCAGAAGCGAUCACAUUACCCGAGCAUGUUGGAACGAAUCAUGCACAGGAGCUUGAUGUAUAUUUCUGGUGGUAA